UUGACCUAACAACAAGUCAACAAGAUUUCUGUGUGAUUUCGUGCUCCGAUUUACAGUACUUUACGGAGUUAAAAUACCCCAAAAGACCGCCUAUUCAACAUGCCUCUGUGUGGGGGAGAAGAAUCUGUUUAUGUAUCCAAUAUGAGCCCAAAACUUAAAGUGGGACAUAUGAAGAGAUACUGCAAGGGUGUGAUAUGGGAUUCCUGGAAACAAAACUUCCUUGUUCUUCAUCAGGAUGGCAUGCUCAUCUGGUAUGAUGAUAAGAAUUGCCAAGAUGUACGGGGAUAUUCUGAGUUAAAGAAAACCUGUCAAUUUCUUGGAGUGGGGCCUUACACCAAGAACAUCCCAGGUCGACCAGAGUUACCCAGUGGUGUAUCGAAGAAUUGUAUCAUAGCUAUUCCUCACCAAGCCAGCAAAAGUUCAAAGAUUACAUGGUUAAGCCCAUCCAAUGAGAGCGAUCUUAACGAAUGGAUGACAGCUAUAGUAAGCACAUUGCCUCCUCCUCCACAGCAGCAGCAACAGCAAGGCCAGCCACAGCAAGGCCAGCCCCCACCAUAUAGUUCCCAGCCUCCUGGUCAGCCAGGGUACCCACCUUCAGGUGGGCCACCACCCCCAGGACCCCCAGGGUACCCACCCCAACCCCAGGGCUACCCACCCCAGGGAGGGGCAUCUGGGGGUUUCAUAGUCCAACAACAGCAGUUCCAACAGACAAGCUUUCAACAGGGACAGAGAAGACCUCCCUACCCUCAGCAGAGAGGAGGUAUGAGUGGGAACACCACUGUUGUUGUCCAAGGAGACAGGAGAAGGAGAAGAUCCUUUGACUCAGACGAUGGGUUUGCUGCAGGGAUGAUGUUGGGGAUGGCCUGGGGACAUCCUGGCUAUUAUGGAGGGGGAUGGGGAUGGGGAUACCAUAGUCAUUGGGAUCACCAUGGCCACUGGGAUCAUGGUCACCAUGACCACUUCCAUGAGGGUGACACACACAUCAAUGAUACAGAUAUCAACAACACCGAGAUUAAUCAAACUACUGUAGUGAAUAACUAUUAUGGUGACCAAGGUGGUGACCAAGGUGGAUAUGAUGAAGGUGGAUAUGAUGAGGGCAGUUAUGAUGAAGGUGGAUAUGAUGAUGGUGGAUAUGACGAUGGUGGAUAUGAUGAUUUUGAUGGGGGAGAUUUUGACGGAGGAGAUUUUGAUGGAGGGGAUUUUUAAGAUGGAUAUAACAAUACCAACAAUGAUUACCUUGGUGUUGUGGUUUUGAUGACAACAGUUUUUAAGCAAAAGAGCUGUGGGUGUCUAUAAAAAUGUGCCAGACACUAUUUUUAAUGAAGACAUAUACAAAGCAGGUCCGUAGCCAGCAAAUUAAAAAGGGGGGUUCUUUUUCUGAAAAAGUGGACCUUUUACAAUGAAACUUAUGUGU